UCAGAUCAAUGGACCUGAAAUAAACACAAACAAAGUUUGGUGGCAUGGAUUUCCACCAGAGAGUUGAAUGGAUGCUGAAGAACGCCCAGGAGCCCAUAGGCGCUGCAAAGAAGAGCGUGCAGACGAACUACUAUGGCACAAAGCAUGUAACCGAAGCCCUGCUGCCUCUGCUGCAAUCUUCCUCUGACGGAAGAAUAGUGAACGUCUCCUCUGAUUAUGGGCUGCUAAAGCAUAUCAGCAGCGAGGAGGUGAGGCAGGAGCUGAACAACAUCGAUAGUCUGACCGAGGAGAGGCUGGACGAAAUGCUGAAUAAGUUCCUGAAGGACUUCGAGGCUGGCGUUUUGGGGCCGCAAGGGUGGCCUACGAAGUUCUCGGCCUACAAAGUGGCCAAGGCCGCCAUGAACACGUACUCCAGGAUCUUGGCGAGGAGGCACCCGGCGGUGCGCGUCAACUGCGUGCACCCAGGCUUCGUCAAGACGGACAUGAGCAUGAGGUCGGGGGUGCUGACGCCAGAGGAGGGCGCUCGCAACGUGGUGAAGGUGGCACUGCUGCCGAACGACGGGCCGACCGGCGCGUACUUCGCCAAGGGCGAGGAGGCGUCGUUCCUGUGAGCUACCUGCCGUGUGUGCACCGUCCGUAUGGCUGACGAUCCAGCUUGAUCGUCUGCCACUCACUCGCUGUCGCUGCGGUGGAUGGUUUGUAUCUGAGACUGUUGCUUGCUAGUUUGAGAUCCCACAGUUAUGUUGCAUUGUUGCGGUACUUGUUAGGGUGUGAACUAUUCUUUCCGUUCCAAAAUGAUUGAAAGUCGCAAUACCUUCACUGUUCUCGGCUUUAGUGUACAGUAUGGAGAUGGAGUUAGAAGUUUCAUUCAGUUUCCUAAUACUAAUUCAGGGAAUG